CACUAAAUGAUCCACUGUGAUCACUGUAAGCAGCAGGAGGGAAAUAUAGUAUGCGUUGUCUUUUAUUUUCGUUAUUAUUUGUACUUGUACUUUUCAUUUGGGGGGUUAGAAGUGGUGCUGAGUUCAAAGGCGCCGGGAAAGGGGAGCUUCUUACCGAAUUGGCAGAGAAGUGCGCAUACUCAGGACAUUUCAUGUAGACAUUUCUUGAAGGCUCGGGAACGGAACUCUGAGUCGCUGAAUUCCUUCCACUUCUGCUCUUCACCUUGAGGAUAUUUAUGGGGAAUUAAAUACUGCAUCUGAGUGGUGAUUUAUUGCUUUCUUAAAACCAGGCGCGAGUCACCAAUCUCCCCGGGACGUCACGUGGACCAUAACUUUCUUUCUUUUGUUCUUUUUUGGGGGGUAAAGCAGCAACUUCAUCAAUCUGCUGUAUGGAUAUCCAACAGGUUUGUUUUUUUUCCUGUCAAAAAAUGAUGAAUAGCACCAACAUCUCCGGGAUUUUAUUAUUUGUGGUGAAUUUUUGGGUGUAGUCGCCCCUUUACGCACGAAAGAUUCUUGUAGUUUUUUUGGAAGUACAUGUCGGCAUUCUGUGAGACACUCAUUGUCAGAUGUUCACCUUCAUCUGGAAGAAAUCAAUUCUUCUUCAAAUGCUCUAAAAAGCAUGCUGAAUCUGUGACCUCCACUGGGAGAGUGUUUAGCGACAUCUCGGCAGAAUGUGGCGUCUUUUGACUCUCACUUUAGCGCUAUUGUGUCUAAUGACAUGGGCAGGCGAAGUCGACAGUUUCAAGCGUCCAAUUCGAGCGCAUUUGCGCCAGCGAGCCAGGCAGGGGGGACUGCAGGUGGGCAGGGGGCGCCAAGUUACGCGUGUGCGUCCCGGAUUCGGUUCUGCCAUAUCCGUUCAUAGCGACAAGAAUGGUGAAGGCAUACCACCAGAUGAGGGCACACCAACAACUGGGGUUGUGCGUGGUGAAAGAGUGCCGGGGACAAUAAGAAGAGUCGGGGGGCACCCCCAGGCGCGGAUGCUGCAAGAUGAGGGGGCCCCCCGAUCAAGGGCCAGGGUCUCGCGGAUGCCCAGCAGUGCCGGUUCACCCAACCUGUUGGCCAGUUUUGCGGGGAAAAACCGUGUGCUGGUCAUCUCAGCGCCUCACGAUUCAGACGGCUAUUACCGGCUGAUGAUGUCCUUGCUGAAAUCCGACGUGUACUGCGAGCUGGCCGAGAGGCAUGUCCAGCAGAUCGUCAUGUUCCACCAAGAGGGCGAGAUGGGCGGCAAGGUGCGGCGGAUCACCACUGAGGGCAAAGUGAUGGAAGAGCCACUGGACACCACCCUAAUCCCGAGACUCAUGAGCUUUCUCAAACUAGAGAAAGGUAAGUUUGGGAUGGUGCUGCUGAAAAAGACCCUGCAAGUAGAGGAGAGGUACCCGUACCCUGUGAGGCUGGAGGCCAUGUAUGAGGUCAUCGACCAGGCACCAAUGAGGAAGCUGGAGAAAAUUCGCCAAAAAGGCUUUGUCCAGAAGUGUAAAGGAGCUGGCGUUGAGGGUCAAGUUGAGGAGGGCACACUUACUGUGAUCACACCUGGAGGAGGAAAACCAGCAAAGAAAAUCCUGAGAAAGCCCACAACAACGAUAUCCGCGACAACCACCACGACGACCACUGCUCGGCCAACAACAACCCGGCCACCAACUACGACCACGACAACCAAAGCAACGACCACCACGACAACCAAAGCCACAACCACCACACGAAGAACCACCACCAAACGAACCACCACCACCACCCUGACACCAACCAAAGCCCACACCCAAACCGUGCUGCUCCCUGCCCCCAGAACAACAGAGGACCCAUAUUACUACACCCAAAGGGAGCAUUACCCAGGCAAAACCACCCCGUCUGGAGACAACCACACUGACAAGGUGAACAAAGAUCCCCACAAUCACAAGCUGGUACCCGCUACAAGGAAACCGUCCAAGAUCAAACCCACAAGGAAAAAGAACGAAGGGGAGAAAAUGCUGACAAACGAGUAUGAGGAGAAGUACAACACCGGUAAGCCCACCGUCACGUAUCCCGAGGAGGUCGACGGCUUCGCCGACAUCAGUCCCACCAGGAAGGGGAAGGCCAAGCACGACAAGAAGAAGAAGAACGAAAAAGCUGCCAAGAAGGCAGAGAGGAGGGGCGGAAAGGCCGGCAAAGAAGGCAAGAGCGGAGGGAAGAAGAACGGAAAAAAGCUGUCAAAGUACCCGGAGAAGGAGGACUACCCGAAACCCACCAAAAAGCCCACCCCGCCUCCGAAGGGGUCUCUGGAUUCCUUUUUGGGCUACUUUGAGAACCGAAGGCGACUUCUGCUGGUGACAUCACCCAGCGAGGAGAACAAGAUGUAUGCCCAGCAAAGGGAUGAGUACUUGGAAUCUGUAUGCGAGAUGGCCAUCCGGAAAGUUUCCAUCAUCACCAUCUUUGGCUCACUCAUCAACUCCACCAUGAAAAUCGACCACUACCAGUUGGAGAACGACAAGCCGAUGAAAGGACUUCGUCAGGAGGACCUCGUGAACCAGGAUUUGAUCACCGAGUUGAGGAAGGAGUUCAGCAUGAUCUACGAUGACUUCCACAUGGUCCUCACUGACACAGACAUGAGAGUCAAGCAAUCCUACGAGGUUCCCAUUGCCAUGAAGGCCGUGUUCAACUACAUCGACACAUUCUCCUCCCGCAUUCGAGAGAUGGAGCAGCAGAAGCGAGAUGGCAUCGUUUGCAAGAAAGAGGACAAGCCCAGAUCGUUGGAAAACUUCCUCUCGAGGUUCCGCUGGAGGCGACGUCUCUUCAUCAUUUCCACCCCCAACGACGAGGAGUGGGCAUAUCAGCAACAGCUUUAUGGCCUGGGCAGUCAGGCCUGCAACCUGGGUUUGAGGCACAUCUCCAUUCUAAAGCUGGUUGGGACAGAGCUGUCGGACAUGGGCGGAGUUUUGGAACUUUAUCCUUUUAAUGGGAGUGCGACUGUGGAGCGCGAGGGCCUGUCAGCCACCCUUGUCAAGGACAUGAGGAACUACUUCCAGAUCAGUCCAGAGUACUUUUCCAUGCUGCUGGUGGGUAAGGACGGCAACGUCAAGUCCUGGUACCCCUCGCCCAUGUGGUCCAUGGCCAUCAUCUACGACCUAGUGGACUCCAUGCAGCUGCGCCGUCAAGAAAUGGCCAUCCAGCAGUCGUUGGGAAUGCGCUGCCCCGAGGACGAGUACGGCGGAUACGGCUACCACCAGCACGGCUAUCAGGACGGUUAUCACCAGGGCUAUGGUUACUAGAGGCUUUCUUGAUGAGUGGGUGGAUGUGACACACGCACAAGCUAAUGCUGCUUCUGUUUGAAGUUGGCGGGUCUCUAAUUUUGCCUCCCUGACUGAGCAGAUGAGGUCAGCGGGUAAUUUUGUAGCACUAAGUGGAGGCUUUAAAAUGAUAGCUUUCACCUAGCCACUUCCUCCAAAUAUAGCUCUGUUUGGCGCCACUUCAUGCUAAUUUGCGGGAGGCUCCAUCUAAUCGCAGCCAAUAAAAGCAUAAAUGGGCCUGAAGGGAGAUGUAUUCUAGACUCCAAUUAACACAUUUCAUAUUAUCAACUUUGAAACAUAUAAAAUCCUGCUCACAUAUUGUAAUACAUGUAUUUAUUGGACUUUUGUUGCAUUCCCCAUUGUUGCAGGUUUUUAGCAUGAUUGCUUUUUUGGGCUGCAUUUUAUUAUUUAAACUUAUGUGCCUUACAAUAAAUUCCUUUUUAUUGGA